UUUGUAACGCACAACUCAGUCCCUUCUCCCCGCCCACUACCUCAAACCCUACCGCCUCGCCGCCGCCGCCAUGGCCUCGUCGUCGUCUCCGGCGAGUAGCCACCCGCCUGGCCCGUUUGCUCUAGGGUUGGAGUCCUCGGCGAACAAGAUUGGCAUCGGCGUCGUCUCCAUCUCCGGGCAAAUCGUCUCCAACCCGCGCCAUACGUACAUCACCCCGCCAGGCCACGGUUUCCUGCCCCGGGAGACCGCGCAGCACCACCUCGUCCACCUACUCCCUCUACUCCGCGCAGCACUCGCCGAGGCCGAUGCCUCUCCUGCCGACCUCGCCUGCAUUUGCUACACCAUGGGCCCCGGCAUGGGCGGGCCUCUCCAGGUCGCCGCCGCAUCGGCCCGGGCUCUGUCGCUCCUAUGGGGGAAACCGCUUGUCGCCGUCAAUCACUGUGUUGCGCACAUUGAAAUGGGCCGCGCGGUCACCGGCGCCGUGGACCCUGUUGUGCUCUACGUCUCAGGUGGCAACACGCAGGUCAUCGCGUAUAGCGAAGGGAGGUACAGGAUCUUCGGUGAGACCAUUGAUAUUGCCGUCGGGAACUGCCUCGACCGCUUUGCGCGGAUCCUCGAGCUCUCGAAUGACCCCAGCCCUGGGUAUAACAUCGAGCAGCUUGCAAAGAAGGGAGAGAAGUUCAUCGACCUCCCUUAUGUUGUAAAGGGUAUGGAUGUGUCAUUUAGUGGCAUAUUGAGCUUCAUCGAAGCUGCAGCGAUUGAAAAGCUUGAAAAUAACGAGUGCACACCAGCAGACCUGUGCUACUCAUUGCAGGAAACUCUCUUUGCUAUGCUUGUUGAAAUCACUGAACGUGCCAUGGCACAUUGUGAUUCGAAGGAUGUUCUUAUUGUUGGUGGUGUUGGAUGCAAUGAACGUUUGCAAGAGAUGAUGAGGAUUAUGUGCUCAGAGAGAGGGGGUAGGCUGUUUGCAACUGAUGAUCGAUAUUGUAUAGACAAUGGUGCGAUGAUUGCAUACACUGGUUUACUGGCAUAUGCACAUGGUGUGACCACACCCCUGGAGGACUCGACAUUUACUCAAAGGUUCCGAACUGAUGAAGUUCAUGCAAUUUGGAGGGAGAAGGAGGUUCCAGUAUUAAAUAACACAGAUUCUGAUGCAGCGGCUGAAGUAUCCAUAGAUGGAACCUCUGGGCCGACUCCAAUUGCUGUAGAUUCCUGAGGUACUGUCAUAAUCCUGACCAAAUGAUUGCCAUUCUCCAUUCUGUCACAGGUGCUGGUGCCUUUUGUUGAUUAUUUCGGAAAGAUUAUGUUGCUGCAGAUAUGAGGCUUUGCUUGAUGAUUUGUAGAAAGCCUUGAAGGCUAAUGGCAGAGUGCCUCGUACAUUUUGUUCGUCAUGACUGACUGGAAUAUCUCACCAGUUGCAAGUGAUCUGCAAAAAGACAUUGCUAACUCCUCUCCCUGUUCCAAAUUAUUUGAAGGUCUAGGUUUGUCCCAAGUUAAAACCUUGUUAAGCUUGACCAAGUCUAUAGAAAAAUGAACCAACAUCUACAACACAAAUUAGCUUCAUUAGAUUCAUCAUAAAAUAUAUUUUCAUACUAUACAUAUUUGAUGUUGUAGAUAUUAGUAAUUUUUUCUAUGAACUUUAUCAAACUUGUAAGAGUUUGACUUAGGCAAAGCUAGAACUUUUGAGUAAUUUGGGACAGAUGGAGUAUCUCGUAAUAUGGAUCUGUUGAUUGACGCUACCCUUCCGCUCCUAUGUGUGUGAUACUAGUAUUUGAUGAAAAAGUUAACUUAAAAGUUGAGAAAGUAUGUUGGUAGCACUAUUCCCAUUUUGAAAGCUGUACCUUGCCCUGCUAUGUGUGUGACACUAGUCUUUGAUGUAGAAGUAAACUUAAAAUUGAAAAAUCAUGUUGGUAGCACUGUUCCCAUUUUGAAAAUUGCAGUUUUGUUUUACCGAUUGUUUACAAGGAGCAGCAGUAUUAUUCCUUCAAACGAUGUUCGGAGCCUCCUGGGGCAUCCGCGCCCUUGUGGGCUGUCUGAUUCACGUGUGCCUCGCACUGGUUCUUGGCGCCUUGAGGAUGCCCCAGAAGGUAACGGCUGCCUUGAGGAUGUUUGCCUAUGGCAUGACCGUAGAUUUGUGGGAUGAGUACCUAUGGAUGUCUAAACCACAUGUCUUGAAGCAUGGCCAGGUUUGCUACUGAAGUGGUCAAGGCUUUUUGUAGCGGAGUACUUGAAAGAACCAACUGCAUGGCACUGUUGGAACUUGGAAGCAAGAGGGUGGAGAGAUAUGCUCAGAUCCCUAGAUCGCGUACAAUAGAAAUGGAAGGAUUGCUCGUAUACUCUACAAGGGAAAUAUUAGUACCAUUGCAAGACGUCCACCGUCAUUCUUAAAGUAAUUGCAUCACAAGACCUUUGGAUUUGAUGCUCGUUCUUUGAGAUGUCUGAGUCUCACAAUGACAUUGACGUGUUGUAAAAGCCUAGGGUUUUCUUAAAAUUAUAAUUCUUUUUGCGUCA